UCAAGUUGAUGCUUCAUUAGCGAGCUUGCUUGGCAUUGUAGUAGAAAUUAUCGGUAAAGGAAAGCACAUGACAGAAUUUCACACUUCUCAACAGAAAAGAAGGGGUUUUGAUCGGAAGGUGGGACGAAAUAAGGAAAUGACCAACCAACGCAUUCUUGUUAUAUUCACCCUCUCAUAAUAGAUAAAGACAUCGUGUUCCAUUAGAGGGACUUGAACGGUGGCCGAUUGUUGUGGCAAAAUCUAUUAGAUGUAUAAUUAGUGGAGCUCUUUUCAGACAAGAAUCCAGUAUAUUUGUAUACAUAUCUUUCUAUCUGAAUACAAGCGAAUACAUUUGUGUGCGGAACUCGAGAUAGAAUAGCGACGGAAGAAAAGUAGACGCACUUAGAAUACGGACGAGGGCUUUUUACUUGAUCAAUGAACGCCUAUUUGAUCAAACUUGAUCAAGCUAUUUCCCGUUGAUCCGGCGUUGAAGGUAAACUGUUCACUUCAAACUGGGCAAAUAUUUCGUGACUGCCGGGGACUUCGAAGAAAUUAUAUGCGAUGGUCUCGUUUUAAGGAGAAAUGUCGUCUGGUUUAGAUUUCAUUCCUAAAAUGACUUCUAAAUGAAAAAAUAUAUAUAGGCUUUUGAAAGCUCUUGUUGAACCGAAGCACAGGGAUAAUUUACUGCAUGCGGUUAGGGCAGCGAAAACAGUCAGAAAACUAAAGAAGUAAAGUGACUACCAGUGCUGUGGUUAAAAGAAAAAUUGACAAGGCGAUACAGUAUUUUGGCAACAAAGUGGGGGUUAUAACAUGCCCAAGAAGAGGUUGCACAAACGAGCGAUGGAAAAAAUGCGAAGCUUGCUUGCAAUAAAGCGUAACAAGCAAGAAAAAGUCGGUUCAGAAUCAGGGGAGGAAACUUUGAAGAGGAAAGUCGAAGCAAAACCAUUAAAGGAAGCCCAAGAGACUGUGACAGAAAAACGACAGGAAAACACUUUGCAUGAAAAUAAUAAUACGCAUCGUAAGAAACAGAAAACCAUUCGCUUUAGCCGAAAGGCCGUGCAAAGGAAUAAAUAUCUUAGAGAAAAGCUUGGUGUUCCCAGACAAGUUUUAGGGUAUUGCCCAAGGUUUUGUACAAUUCGAGAGGAAGACGAAGAAGAAAGUGAACCUCAGUUGAAAACCAAAACAGACACAUAUUCAUCUCCAUCUAGAAAUCGGGAUCACGCAGAAAAAGAAAAUUAUAAUUGCGACGAGAAUUCAGACGACGAAGAUGUAUAUCAUGAGGUCAGUUACCUGAGAUUAGCUGCAAAGGGGAGUAAUAAUUAUUUGGGUGCAUCUGAGAUAAGCGAAAGGGGUGAUUGCGCAGGUGACAAACUAAACGAAAACAUUGAUAGCUACGGCAAAUGUGAUGAAAUCCUGGGUAAAGGCAUUGUAAAUGCAGAUGAGAAAGCGGACGGCAGUUCAAAGCGUUUUAUUGAAUGCGAAGGUGCUACAAAAUGCGAAACGAAUGCUGAAUCUCUCUCAGACGCUCAGCUAGAUUUGUCUGAGUCGACAGUCUUGAGGCAAGUAAAAGAGGAAAUUUUAGCCAUCUGGCACCGACUUGUAGCAAUCGAGAGUGACUUUACCGCCAUAAGGUCCACAGUUAAGGAGUUACGGCGAGGGGAGCCUGAAUUGUAGCCAAAACCCAGCACAGAGCUUAAUAUGUAUAAUUGAUUUUUAAUGAAAAAACUAAAUACAUAAAUUCAGGACAAUUGCAAGAGUAUAAAAAGGUCAUGCUUUGUUAGCUUGCCUAUGCCUUAUGUUCGCACCGCCUGGAUAAUGCCGCCUGGUUAGCACAUUGUUCUUGCGGUGCUCACUACCCCAUAUAUGUUAGCAAACGUUCCUUUCGCCAAACACAAACAUGACAUCUUCGCCUCUAUCUCUUCACAUCCCUAUGGAUCACACCCUUUAAAUAGCGCUUUGCCUGGUUUAAAUAUCUCGAGUUGCGCUUACGAUUUAACAAAACCACUAAUUGAGGCUUUUCGAAAAGGGUCAUUUUGUCACAGUGAUAAAAGCUUGAUGAAAGAUAAUUAUUAAAAUAACGCAUUCGCUCGGCCACGGCGAUUCAACGUUUGUGCGCAUUCGAUUUUGGUUGCCCAUUCUCCCAAUUCACACAUUUUGUGUUGCAUAAUUUCUCCGAUCAGCGCAAUGAUCCAUGUUACAUUACGCAUUUACUUGGCUCACGCAUGUUGCAUUGUGCAUUUACUCGGCUCACGCAUGUUGCAUUGUGCAUCUACUCGGCUCACGCAUGUUGCAUUGCGGAUUUACUCGGCUCACGCAUGUUGCAUUGCGCAUUUACUCGGAUCACACCUGUUACAUUACGCAUUUACUCGGCUCAUGCAUGUUCCAUUGUGCAUUUAAUUGGCUCACGCAUGUUGAAUUGUGCAUCUACUCGGCUAACGCAUGUUGCAUUGCGGAUUUACUCGGCUCACGCAUGUUGCAUUGCGCAUUUACUCGGCUCACGCAUGUUGCAUUGCGCAUCUACUCGGCUCACGCAUGUUGCAUUGCGCAUUUACUCGGCUCGCGCAUGUUGCAUUGCGCAUCUACUCGGCUCACGCAUGUUGCAUUGCGCAUUUACUCGGCUCACGAAUGUUUUAUUGCACAUUUACUCGGCUCACGCAUGUUGCGUACAUUUACUCGGCUCACGCAUGUUGCAUUGUGCAUUUACUCGGCUCACGCAUAUUGUAUUGUGUAUUUACUCAGCUCACGCAUGUUGCAUUGUGCAUUUUACUCGGCUCACGCAUGUUGCAUUGCGCAUUUACUCGGCCCACGCACACUUUUUGGAUUGCGCAUUUACCCGGUGCACACUCUUUGCACUGCACUUUCACCCGGUGCACACUCUUUGCAUUGCGCAUUCACCCGGUGCACACUCUAUGCAUUGCGCAUUUACCCGGUGCACACUCUUUUCAUUGCGCAUUUACCCGGUGCACACUCUUUGCAUUGCGCAUUUACCCGGUGCACACUCUUUGCAUUGCGCAUUUACCCGGUGCACACUCUUUUCAUUGCGCAUUCACCCGGUGCACACUCUUUUCAUUGCGCAUUUACCCGGUGCACACUCUUUGCAUUGCGUAUUCACCCGGUGCAUACUCUUUUCAUUGCGUAUUCCCCCGGUGCAUACUCUUUGCAUUGCGUAUUCACCCGGUGCACUCUUUGCAUUGCGCAUUUACCCGGUGCACACUCUUUUCAUUGCGCAUUUACCCAGUGCCACUCUUUGCAUUGCGCAUUUACCCGGUGCACACUCUAUGCAUUGCGCAUUUACCCGGUGCACACUCUUUGCAUUGCGCAUUUACCCGGUGCACACUCUAUGCAUUGCGCAUUUACCCGGUGCACACUCUUUGCAUUGCGCAUUUACCCGGUGCACAUUCUUUGCAUUGCGCAUUUACCCGGUGCACACUCUUUGCGUUGCGCAUUUACCCGGUGCACACUAUUUGCAUUGCGUAUUCACCAGGUGCACACUCUUUGCAGCGCGUAUUCACCCGGUGCACACUCUUUGCAUUGCGUAUUCACCCGGUGCAUACUCUUUGCAUUGCGUAUUCCCCCGGUGCAUACUCUUUGCAUUGCGUAUUCACCCGAUGCACACUAUUUGCAUUGCGCAUUUACCCGGUGCACACUCUUUGCACUGCACUUUCACCCGGUGCACACUCUUUGCAUUGCGCAUUCACCCGGUGCACACUCUAUGCAUUGCGCAUUUACCCGGUGCACACUCUUUUCAUUGCGCAUUUACCCGGUGCACACUCUUUGCAUUGCGCAUUUACCCGGUGCACACUCUUUGCACUGCACUUUCACCCGGUGCACACUCUUUGCAUUGCGCAUUCACCCGGUGCACACUCUAUGCAUUGCGCAUUUACCCGGUGCACACUCUUUUCAUUGCGCAUUUACCCGGUGCACACUCUUUGCAUUGCGCAUUUACCCGGUGCACACUCUUUGCGUUGCGCAUUUACCCGGUGCACACUCUUUGCAUUGCGAAUUCACCCGGUGCACAUUCUUUGCAUUGCGCAUUUACCGGGUGCACACUCUUUGCAUUGCAUAUUCACCCGGUGCACACUCUUUCCAUUGCGCAUUUACCCGGUGCACACUAUUUGCAUUGCGCAUUUAUCCGGUGCACAUUCUUUGCAUUGCGCAUUCACCCGGUGCACAUUCUUGGCAUUGCGUAUUCACCCGGUGCACAAUCUUUGUAUUGCGCAUUCACCCGGUGCACACUCUUUGUAUUGCGCAUUCACCCGGUGCACACUCUUUGCAUUGCGCAUUCACCCGGUGCACACUCAUUGCAUUGCGCUUUCGCCUUUUUCAGACAUUUCACGUUCGAAUUUGUACAGCUUUGGUACGUUAACCGUAAAUGUUGGGUUGAUAAGACAUAUCACCUAGGUUGCACGCAUUUACACACGUAAAUCUAGAAGAAAAUGAGAACUAGAAUUUACUCACUCUUUAGGUUUAUUAUCAUACCACAUAAGAGAUUAAAAUAUAUUCAUUCACCAGUG